UCCAGAUUUGUGAUUGUGACAGGUGUUGUAGUUUUAAAAGGGUUUCAGUUAUCAAAAAAUUAUUUUAUGGAAUGAAAUGCAAAAAAUUGUUUCACCAUAUAUGCAUGACUAAGUUCAUCAUUUAAUAAAGAGUUUCGUUACUUUGAGAAUUAAGAUUUGUUGGUAUUUUUAUUGCCAAUCCCGAAUUUUUUAAUUUCAAUAAUGGGGAAUUUAUGGGGAAAAUUCAGGAAAAAAGCUACAACAUAUGAACAGCUUGAAAAAUUGGAUUCCCAGAUAAAAGAAAUUGAAGAAUUUGGAGUAACAACAGAACUCAAACAGCGAAAGGUUGCUGGACGUUUUAUGCUUGUGUCGGUAUUUUUGUAUUUAGUAGCAGCUUUAAUAUUUUAUUUCUAUCUGUUCCCAGAGGAUAUAUAUCAUAGGAUACUUUAUAUUGUUCCCCUGAUAGCAUCCCCUUUGAUAAUUAUUUUCAUAAAAAGAGUGUUGACUUGGUGGUAUAAUAGGAAAUUGAAAAGAAAUCAUGAAAAGCUAUCAUUACUACGAAAGAAGAAACAGGAAAUACUGGAUAAUGUUAUGGAGACAGAGACCUACAAGGUGGCAACAAAAAUAUUGGAAAAAUUUGCUCCAGAUGAAGUCAUUAGUAGAAAAUCUCAUAAUGGAAAUUUUGAAACACCAAAGAAAGAUUCCUUCAUUAUUCCCUCAAAACCAUUUCCAGUUGGUUUACGUCAAAGAGCAUUGAUGCAAACAGCCGAAAGGGCAUCAGAAUCUAUGAUGGGAAAGUCAGUGAAAUCUGAUAUAAAUAAAUUUCCUGAAAAUCCAAUGGUAAUGAGAUCUAUUACUCCCAGACCAGUGAAUAAUAGAACCUUACCAAAUGAUAAUUUCAAUUUUGGUACAAAUCUCUUAUCAUCUACUCCUAAACUACCUAUGGUUAGAUCGUUACUUCCUCGAGAACGAUCAGCUUUUGAUAAACUUGUAGAUUUCUUGGUAGGAGAUGGACCUUCAAAUAGAUAUGCUCUGAUAUGUCAGAAAUGUUUUAGUCAUAAUGGUAUGGCAUUGAGGGAAGAAUUUGAAUAUUUGAGUUUCAAUUGUUGUUAUUGUCAUCACUUCAAUCACGCACGAAAACAAAAACCUCCAGCUCCGAAACUGGGUGCUGGGAUGAAUACCAUUGUAAAAUCCUUGAAAGAAGCAGAUACUUCUGAUUCUGAAAAAAAUUCAUCUAGUUCAGAUUCUGAUACACAAAUCGUUCAAAGUAAAGAGGAUGAUGAACCCCAAGAGCAAACUACUCCAGUUUCCAGUGUGCCAGUUGUAGUGAAUGAAGCUUCAACUAUAGAAGAAAUGGAUGUGUCAGAAAUUCCAGAAAGUUCAUAGCUAAGUACAUCAAUUAAGACUAUGGAGUAAACUUCUUUUUGUGAAAUUGUGAAAUAUAUUUUUAUACUUUAUAGUCUACUUUUCAGACUAAGGAAGGGAAGGGAAGAUGCUAUUUGAAAUAUAUGAAUGGAAUCAAUGGAAACAAUGAGGAUUUUUCUUGUAUAACAAGAAUGAUUAUCAAUUAAGAUCUAAUAUUUUAUUUCUUUAAUUUAUUCUUUUUGUUUAUUUAUUAAAAAUCUAAUAUUGCUCAACUGAAUCGUGUAUUCUCCUUGAACAUACAACAAAUAUCUAAAUGUAUGUUUUUAUAAUUAUAUGGAAAGAAUUGAUUCAAAACCAAAAUUUAAUUUUAAUUAGUUCUUAUUCUGAAUAUUUCUAUUUGAAAUAUUUGAUACAAAAAUAGCACAAUGCAACUCUUUUUUCUAUGUCAAACUUCUAAGCUUCCAAUGCGUUAUUUUUCAUUCAAUAAAUUCCAACUAUAACAUAACAAAUUUCUUGAGAGUUGAUAUUUUCCUUGAUAACUAUGUUAUAGUUUCGUUCCAACAUGUUUGAGAAUCGGUUACGAACUGAGUAGAGUGUGGGCUUAUUAAAAUUUGGAACUCCAAUUUCGAUACAUGGACAUUCUGUCCAGUUCGGAAUCAAUUCUCAUACAUUGGAACACAACUAUUAUAUUAAUUUGAUAAUUUUUCUGGAAAAUCAGUCUCUACCUGCUGGGCUGUAUAGGGAUACAGCCCAGCAGGUAGAGACUGAUUUUCCAGAAAUAACAUAGGGAUGUUAUUUCACGUAUAAUUUUUUAUGUAUAUUUUGAAAAAUGUGUACACUGUUUUACUGGUUUACUUUUUUUUCUGUUAAGACUGAUGAACAAGUAGUUCAAAAUUUAUUUCUUUUAAUGACGACAAACUAGAUAAUUGAAUUUGUCAUGUUUGGAAAUGUGAUUGUAAUGCAUGACUAUUCUCGAAAAAAGAAACUAUUUGAAACAUAUGGGCAUGGACUUUUGAAUAAUUCUGCAUCCACAACUUUGGUGUGUGCCAAAUUUAAUUUUUUUGAAAUUAUAGUGUUUCAUCAAAUAAUUCCCUUGGUAGAUUCAGAGCUUUGAAUUGAACUGCAAGAACAUACUAGUUUUCAUCAUUAAAUAAAAUCUAAUAACUCGGAAGGAAUUUUGUUCAAGUAAAAAUUCUUCAUGAGUGAACGAUUUACGAUCUUGUCUUUUAGAUUGAUUUAAAAAGAAUCAUGGCUCUGUAGCAAAAGGUGCAUAGAUUAUGUUUCAGUUGUUCAUCAAAUAGAUUAUGAAAACUUCAACCUAGAACUCGAUCAUCAUGUCCCACAUGUUUGUAAUGCACUUAGAAAAAUAAUGCUAGUCAUUCAAUGCAAAACUCUAUGAGGUGAUCAGUAAUUGCUACCGGUUUUUGCCUUAAACUAUACAAUUAAAUCCAAUGAUGAAGAGCAUGUUCUAAUUGAUAUAGUUCAAGAGUGUGAUUCUGUAAGCUUGAAAUCAAGUUAAGAUAUUCAUUGUUUUCUCUAAAAAUAUUUGGCAGAAAACAGUGCUGAUUGUUAUUUAUCGAAUUCUUGUAAUCAGUGAUCUAUUUUGAAAUAUAACCUUGCAGAAUUACAUCACUGGUUAAAAUACCUUUUUGAAAAUCAUUUUAUGAUUAAUAUUGAUUUCAAUAAUUAUUUGCUCAUGUGGGAUUUGAUUCAAUAGCUCUCAUAAUGAAAUUCUACUUUAUUCUAAAGGAAUUGGAAGUGAGACUGAGAAUAAAUGAUGAAGUAGUGUAUUGAUAGCACAAUUUGAUGAUUUUGAUUUUGCUGAGAUUUGAGAAGAGUAUAUUAUUAAAAUCAAAAUUCUUCAAAUCACAAUUAGUAUUAACAAAAACAAUUAAGAUUCAGUGAUUAUAUGUUUUGACUAUAAGUCAAACAAACAUGUGAAAUUGAUUUUUUUAUAUAGUCUUCAAAUCUCACUACAAAGAGUUUAUAGUCUACCAUCGAUUUCAUAGUAAUCCACUUUUUCUUUGUAGACAAAGAAUUAGAGUUGGAGAUUUUUAUGUUUUCUAGUCAUUGAUAUAAAUUUUAGUGUUCUAAAAUUCAUUUUGGAUAUAGGUAUUUGACUCUUUUUGUCAUGACUGUUUUUUAUUUAUUUUGAGUAUACUUCAAAAUAUGCAAUAAACAUAAGAACAUGAAAAAAAUUGUGUAUAUAAAAGUAUGAACAUACAAAAACUUUUUUUGUCAUAUCAGUUAAGUUUUUUAGAAAUAAUUAGUGUUUUUGCUGAUUAUAAUCAUAAUUACUUCUCAUGAAAGUCUUUUCUAAUUGUCAUAUAGUUCUUUGGACAUUAUUUUUUAAGACCAUUUGUUUUAAUUGAGGUAUUGAAUUUGGUUGAAAUCAUAUGAAUGUGAGUAACUGAUGUAGAUGUUCAAAUGCUCAAAAUCUCGUAAGAUAAAAAACACAUUGUAAAUAUCUAAUUAUCAGUGUAUGUUUUGUUUUCCACUAUUUGUAAAUUAAAUCUAAUGAUAUCCCUGUUUGUUGAAUCGUAAUGAAAUGAUGCCUCACUUUGCCAUGAUGAAGGAAGGAAGCUUAGUUCAUUUCACAAAAAUUUAGCUGUUCUUGAUACUGUGGACUGUUAGUAACUGAGUGCUUUGUGCCUUUCAAAAUUUUAUACAAGAUAAUUGAAUAAAUAUUAUUAUAUUUGU